CAGGGUGAAGUGGAUUUGGACUCCAUCAUCGAUAGACUACUUGAGGUGAGGGGCAGCCGGCCGGGCAAGCAGGUCCAGCUUCUUGAAUCGGAGAUUCGCCAUCUCUGCACCAAGGCCAGGGAGAUUUUCAUCUCUCAGCCGAUUCUUCUGGAAUUGGAGGCGCCAAUUAAGAUCUGCGGUGAUAUCCACGGACAGUACUACGACCUGCUGCGUCUCUUUGAGUAUGGAGGCUUCCCGCCUGAAGCCAACUAUCUCUUCCUAGGCGACUAUGUCGACCGAGGAAAGCAGUCGCUCGAGACCAUUUGCCUCCUGCUCGCAUACAAGAUCAAAUACCCGGAGAACUUCUUCAUCCUCCGCGGUAACCACGAGUGUGCCUCGAUUAACCGUAUCUAUGGGUUCUAUGAUGAGUGCAAGCGCAGAUACAACAUCAAGCUCUGGAAGACGUUCACUGAUUGCUUCAACUGCCUUCCCAUCGCCGCUAUCAUUGAUGAGAAGAUCUUCACGAUGCACGGUGGUUUGAGUCCGGACCUGAACUCGAUGGAGCAGAUCCGUCGCGUUAUGCGUCCCACUGAUGUGAGUAGACCUCGUUUCCCGCCCCGUGCGCGCUGCCUGGGUGCACGGAGGUGCCCCUCCCUGAAGCUCAAGAUCCCCGAUUGCGGUCUCCUCUGUGAUCUCCUGUGGUCGGAUCCCGACAAGGACAUCACCGGCUGGAGCGAAAACGACCGCGGUGUAUCAUUUACGUUCGGACCCGACGUCGUGUCACGUUUCCUACAGAAGCAUGACAUGGAUCUCAUAUGUCGCGCGCACCAAGUCGUCGAAGACGGAUACGAAUUUUUCUCGAAGAGACAGCUCGUCACGCUGUUCAGCGCUCCGAACUACUGCGGUGAAUUCGAUAAUGCAGGUGCUAUGAUGAGUGUAGACGAGAGUCUACUCUGUUCAUUCCAGAUCUUGAAACCAGCCGAGAAGAAACAAAAGUACGUUUACGGGGGCAUGAACACUGGCAGACCCACCACUCCUCCGCGAAAGCAGAAAAAGAAGUAAAAAAGGAAUCAUACGAGCUUUUCCAUGUACAGCAGGUUCGGGCGGAGAUAAAUACCAUUUUUCGAUGCAAACAACGCGACAGAGACCAAGACCAUAGCGACGCCGAGGAUCAUUCUCGCCACCCAAUCCGCCGUCAAUCCGUUUAUCCAAUCCACAACCCGUCGGAGCGAGAGAGAGUUUUACCACGCGUGCCACCGAUAUUUUCCCCAGGAGACUUUGCGCAUAUCUGAGCUGAGCUGAGCUGAACUGUUGAUACUGUUCCGGAAGGUACCGUCUGCGUCCCGCAGGCCAUUAAUUCGUCUUUUUCUUUUCUUGUUGUCCCGAGUUCCUCUCGCGGGGGAAGGGGGAGCGGCGGACUGCGCAUGUCUGUUUAUCUCCGUUUACUUCAAUAUUCAUGUCAAGUGUAACGCGAAAUCUGCAACGACAAAUUCUUGUCUUCCAGAAACGCCGAGGGUUUGCUUCCUACUCACU